AUGCCCAUUGGCUGGGAGUGUAGAGGGAGAGAGAUCAUAGACACAGGAACUGAAAAAUGGCUGGGGGUCAGAGUGAAGGGCCACAGCCCGUUCACAAGGUCCCACAGGCUUUCCCAUGAACCCAGGCUCUCUUUGGAAACAAAGGGGGACGACCCUGAUGACUCCUUCCUCCUCUGUCCAGAGACCUGCUCCCGCCGCAGCCUCCUGCUGCCCAGCUCCAGCAGCACUGUUUGCCCUACCCCCCUGGGAAACCUCCAGGGGGAUGAUCUGCAGUUGCAGCAUGGUGGUUUCCAAAACCUCAGUCAUGGCCUUCACGGGCAGAGCUCAUUACCUCAGCUAUCAUCAAAAAAAAACCCAGAUCUUAAUCCCAGGGUUGUAGACGGCAUGGAAGACAAUGGACACACGUUCCAUUUCAACGUGGAGCACAGCGGGCCAAAGGCCAGUACAGGAGGCACCACCCAAGACUCCACACAGUAUAAUGCCACUCUGCUGCUGGAGACGGAGGAGCUGCGACAGAACUUCAUUCAACUCAACCAAAAGGUGGACAAAUUUAACCAGGAAGUAUCUGAGGGUCUGCACUACAUAAUACACCUCCUCCAGGCCCAUGUAUCCAGCCCUCCCACAGCCCCCAACACUGGAAUAUCCUUUUAACCUAGCUUCAGCCUACCAACUCCAACAUGAAGGCCAUGGCCACCAAUAAAUAAAGUUCCACGACAGUGGCUUCCAGUAUAUACUGUAUAUCUUUUCCAACAUCCUCAGAGCAAUUUGCAGUUGAUAGUACCAGUUACCUCCUUGCAUGGUACAAUUGUUUAUUCUUUUUCCUAAGGAAAAGGUUUUCAAAUCAAUGUAUAAGCAUCCUACAUGACAACCU